UUAACUACGUGCGAUUUACCGAAAACUUCAAAUUUAACUGUAGACUAUGAAGAAGAUCACUGUCAAUGUGAAGGCUUCAAAUGAUAAGAAAUAUGCAAUUGAAAUAAAUACAGAUGCAACUAUUGAGGAAUUUAAGCAGUUAAUUUCUAGUAAAACAGAUAUCACACCAGAAAGACAACGAUUGAUUUAUAGUGGAAGAGUCUUAAAAGAUGAAGAAAAGAUAGAAACAUAUAAGAUAUCAGAUGGACAUACGGUUCAUCUUGUUCGAGGAGCGGGACCAGUUCAAAGUGAGAGAGAAGCGACAUCAUCAACAACGGCGGCAUCUCAACAGAUUCCAAGAACUAUAUCAGCAGGAACGGGUGUAAAUAAUCCGUUUUCAGCGCUUAUUAGUGCGCAUUAUGCAGGACAAGUUCAUCUUCCGCCAGUAUCAACGUUUGGACCGGAUGGAGGGAUGACGAGUUUUCCUCCUACACCAGAACAGCUUUCGCAGGUGAUGGGUCAACAAGGGAUGCAGGAGGUUAUACGGGAAAUGCUUUCUAAUUCUCAGCUUAUGGAUUAUAUUAUUAACAGUAAUCCGCAGCUUCGAAAUGUUCCAUCAGGAAUACAAGAAAUAAUAAGAAGUGAGGAGUUUAUUCGUAUUAUGUCUAACCCAGAGACGAUACGACAGAUUAUGGAAAUGCAAAGAGUAUUUGGUAAUAUGGGAAUGGGAGCAGGAAAUCUAUUUUCAACAUCCAAUGAGCCAAGAACGGAAACAGCAUCAACAUAUCAACAGCAAGUGGCAUCGGUAGAUACACAAAAUCGAACGGAAUCAGCAGGACCUUAUUCGAAUUGUAGUGAAAAUGAAUCAGCACAACAAAAUCCUGAUUCUACAGCUCUUAAUAAUUCAUUUGCUGCGAUGGUAUCGUUAUUGUCUAAUUUGGGAGCUCAACAACAAAGCACAGAUGUGCCAGUGUUUGAUCCUGUUGUAUUCCAAUCAUUUCUUUCUGGUUUGAUUCCUCAGCAACCUCCGCAACCUCAGCAUUCGUUACCGCCAGAAGAACGUUUUCAAGAACAAUUAAGACAACUAAAUGAAUUAGGCUUUACAAAUUUUGAUCGUAAUAUUCGAGCACUUGGACGAAGUGGUGGAUCUGUACAAGGAGCUAUUGAAGCAAUGCUGGAUGGCGAUGUUUAAUAUAUCUAUUACUGAAUUAGGCUUUAUUUUCAUAAGUUAUUAUC